CUAUACUCUAUAUGAAACAGACACAUCGAUGAAAUCCAAAGCAAUCAUCAUCCUAGCGUUCUUGCUCAUCCCGGCCAUCUUUGCGCUCCCAGAUCAUGCAACUCGGAAGCACGGCAAGCACCACCACCACCACCGCCGUGAACAUCCGCGUUCCGGGAAGACCUCGGAGAAAGACAGCGGCGGCGGCGGAAGUGGAGGGUUUGGGGGGUUUUUCGGGCCGGGAAAUGAAUUCGGGAUGCCGGAUUUUGGGGCCGGGUAUGGGGCCGGGUUCGGGGGCCCGAACGGGGGAGGGUAUGCGAAGGGAGGGACGGUGAGGCCGACGGUGGUGUGCAAGGAAAAGGGGCCGUGUUACGGCAAGACGCUGAGGUGCCCGGAGAAGUGCUUCAAGGAGUAUAGCCGCGCCGGGAAGGGCUACGGCUACGGCGGCGGCGGCGGUGGUUGUACUAUGGACUGCACCAAGAAAUGUCUUGCUUAUUGUUAAUCACUUAUUAUUAUUGUAAUAAUCUCGUUUAAUGUUUAAGAGAUUCAUGAACGCUUUAUUUAUUACUCCGUAUUAAGCAGUUUUUGGGUAGAAGGUUUAAUAUUAAUAGUGAGAAAUGUGUCGUGGCAUCGUAGUAAAAUGGAGUUUAAUUUGAUGUUUUUCGUUUUGUUUAAGGUUUUGAAUUAUUUUGAGGACAUAAAUUGCAUUUGAUGUGAUCUUUGAAUUAUUUUGAAAAUAUAAACCAGAUUUGACGUAA